GGGACUACCAGCUUCCUGGAGUGAAGGGGUCCAAAGAGCACAGGUGUGGCUGCCUCUUUAGCCAGAGCCCGCCUGCCUGCCUGGGGCCUGCCUGCUCUCCCGGGCUCUGCCUGGGAGGGCUCUGCCCGUGGCCACUGUCGGAGAAGCCGCUGCCCUCCCGCCACCAGCUCCAACACCAGCUCCCCUCAGGGGAACCAGACGCCAGGGCUCACCGACACCCAGUUUGGGUUCUAGCAAACCAUCCACAGCAGCACCAGCAUGUCCCGGCCCAGUAGCAGAGCCAUUUACUUACACCGGAAGGAGUAUGCACAGAGCCUCACCACAGAGCCCACCCUCCUGCAGCACAGGGUGGAGCACCUGAUGACGUGUAAGCUGGGGACUCAGAGAGUCUGGGAGCCCAAGGAUGCCCUGAAGAAGUUGCAGGAGAUGGACGCACAGGGGCGGGUGUGGAGCCAGGACUUGCUCCUGCAGGUCAGGGAUGGCUGGCUUCAGCUGCUGGACAUCGAGACCAAGGAGGAACUAGACUCUUACCACCUGGGCAGCAUCCAGGCCAUGGAUGUGGCGCUCAACAUCUGCUCCUACAACUCCGUCCUGUCCAUCACUGUGCAGGAGUCAGGCCUGCCAGGCAGCAGCACUCUGCUUUUCCAGUGCCAGGAAGUGGGGGCGGAGCGACUGAGGACAGGGCUGCAGAGGGCUCUGGAGGAGGAGCUAGAGCAAAGCAGACCCAGAUUUGGAGCCCAUCGCCCAGGCCAGGACAGAUGGCCAGGGCCCCCUCUGGAACAGGCACCCACUUUAGAGCGGGGGCCCCUGCCAGUGCAGCCCCACUGGAUGACCCCAGAGCAAAAUAUACCACCAUCCCCGAGGUCCCAGUCUCGCCACUCCAGUGCCCAAGAGCCAAGUGCCUUCUCUCCACCUUCUCCAAUACGGCCUGCAUCUCCUGAGGACCCAGAGAGGGACGAGGAGGUGCUGAGCCAUGUCCUAAGGGACAUUGAGCUGUUCGUGGGAAAGCUGAAGGAGAUCCAGGCAAAGACGGGCAAGAAGAAGAAGAAGAAGAAGAAGAGACUGGGGAAAAAAAAGGACAAAUAUCAAGAAGGGUUGACACGGGCACAGUACAUCGAUUGUUUCCAGAAGAUCAAGUACAGCCUCAACCUCCUCGGGAAGCUGACCAACAGGCUUCAUGGGACGGGUGCCCCUGAGUUCGUGCACAUCCUCUUCCAAACUCUGGACUUCAUCCAGACACACUGCCCUGAGUCUGGCCUAGCAGCCCAAGUGAUCUCACCCCUCCUCACCUCCAAAGCCGUCAACCUGCUGCAGUCCUGUCUAAGCCCAGACGAGAGUAACUUCUGGAAGGAGCUGGGCGAGGCCUGGACCACCAGCCGGGCCAACUGGACAGGCAAGGAGCCCCCACCCUACCAUCCCACAUUCUAUGACGGCUGGCAGCUUCCAGAGCCCUUCUCCACCCAGGCACCCUCAGGAUACCAGGACCCUAAUUCCCUCCGCCCUAGGUUAGAGAGCACCUCGCACUUUGCACAGGAGGAGACGCACAACCAUGGCCCUCUGCCUGGGGACACCAAUCCCAUGCCCUCCAGCCCCAGACCUGUCGAGCCAACCCUGAAGAUGCAAGUCCUGUAUGAGUUUGAAGCCAGGAACCCACAGGAGCUCACUGUGGCUGAGGGACAGGUGCUGGAGGUUCUGGACCAGAGCAAGCGGUGGUGGCUGGUGAAGAAUGAGAAGGGACAGAGCGGCUACAUCCCCAGCAACAUCCUGGAGCCCCUCCAGCCGGGGGCCCCUGGGAACCAGAACCAAUCACCCCCUCGGGGUCCAAUGCUUCGACUUAGCUCCAAGCCUGAGGAGGUCACAGCCUGGCUGCAGGCAGAGAAAUUUUCCACUUUCACGGUGAAGACACUUGGGUCCCUAAUGGGGAGCCAGCUGCUUCACAUGAGACCUGGAGAGCUACAGAUGCUGUGUCCAGAGGAGGCCCCUCGGAUCCUGACACGGCUAGAGGCCGUGAGAAGGAUGCUAGGGAUGGGCCAUUAGGCACCAGCUCAGACCCCUCCAAGGCCCAGGCCCUCUCACAUAUCAGAUGGCGGAUCUGAUAUCUUUUAGAUCCCCCAGAAGUCCUCUCCCAGAUGCUCACACCUCAGCUCACACAGCAAAGAGGAUGAGCAGGUCCAGUGGCUGAGGCAAAUGCACCCCUUCCUGCUGUGUUGGAAGCCCUCCCUGGUGGCUUCCUAUUUAUUGUAUCUCUUUCCUAAAUCUGAGAUGCUUCCAUCUAGGCUUAUCAGGACCCUUCUGAGUCCCCCUUCUUCCCAAUAAAAGCAACU